AUCGAAUCCCUUCUUCACAUGAGCCCAUUCUAAUUGCAAGACGUCCGGCGGCAUUUCAAUUGACCCCUCCAAGCAAUGCACCGUUUUUGUACAUGAAGAGCUUGGAAUAGAAUGGAUCAUACUCCCGCACUAGCACCUCUUCAUGGCGACAACACAUAAACGAACGCGAACUGGAUGCUGGACAUGCAGAGAAGCUGGAUACAAGUGCGACGAACAGAAGCCUUUCUGCCAACGAUGUACAAGACUCAAGAUCACUUGCAAAGGUUACGGUGUCAGACUCAAGUGGCAAGAUCAUACUGUCGGAACGGUGGUGAAAAAGCCGCGAGCUUCUAGGAAGAAGAAAGUGUUCGAUAACACCUGUAGUUCCAUUCCAGCGAGCGUUAUCAGUGAUGAAUCGACAUCUUCUUCAUUCACGAGUACACCUACUACGUUGCAAUCGCCUAUGUCAGUAUUCAGUGUCCCACGCACACCCGUCCAUAGCACAGGUCUAGGUCCGGACUUCUCUGCAAGCGAUAGGAGACUGCUCCACUACUGGGUCGAACAGCUCUCUUCAUUGAUCUCCGUAGCCCCGAGAAAUGGCAGGCCGACCCCGUUCCAGCUCCAUUUAACGUCAAUGGUGUACGACUCGACCGCUCUUCGAUCGACUGUACUAUCGAUGGCAGCGCACCACCUGGCUCUACAAACUUCGGAUCCGUCACUGCGCUUCCAGGCUUACCGUCAUCAACGCGAUGCUAUUCAUCUGCUACAGGAUCUUAUCCAGGACCCUCGACAGGCGCACUCCGAGUCCGCGCUUGCCACCGUGUUGAUGAUGCAGGUUUCAGCACGUUUGUUUGGAGAAGACGAUGAAGCAAAUGUGGUCAAUCACCUGAUGGGAGCCAAAGCCAUGAUUGCCAGACGUGGAGCAGAUGACUGGCUGGGUCCAUCAAGCGCACGCUUUCUCUUGAGCCUCUUCGCAUAUCAUGAUAUUCUCUCGUCCAUCUCACGAGGCCAUCGACCUUUGUUCGAUCACGGAGCAGACUUCAAGGCAAUAGAAGGCGUAGAAGAUAUGCGCAGCAUCGCUAAGGUCUUGUUAAUCGUUGCGCGAACAAGCCAACUUCAACACGCAAUCAAGAUCGGACGAGAAGGUGGCAGAGAACCUGCACUCACCGAAGAGGAAGACGCCACUGGCCGGGAUCUCCAGCAGAAGCUGCUAGCCAUGCAAUUUGAUGCUCAGCGCAACGAGCCUCACAACAAUUUAGAUAUCAGCCUCACAGCUGAGGCCUACCGCCACGCCGCAUUCAUCUACCUCUACCGGACCUGGCUUGGUGUGGGCGCCCCGAAUCCUAUCAGCAUUGAACACAUCCAGAACUGUUUAGCCUACAUAUCACGAGUUGACGUGACAUCGCCUCUCACAUCUUCACAUGUCUGGCCGUUAUUCACAGCAGGUUGCGAGGUCAUCGAUAACACACAGCGACAAUUUGUGAGAGACAGAUUCCAAGCCAUGUAUGCCUCCAAGUUAUUUCCGAGCUGGAAUAGGGUAAUGCGAGAUAUCGAGGACGUGUGGGCUGCCAAGGAUGAGGAGGAAAGAAUGAAAGGGCAGGAUGGGAUGGCGAAGGUGGAUUGUAUUCAGGUUAUCUUGAGGAGGAGAGGAAGGGAGGUCGAUCUUGCGUAG